GGUACUCCCGAUGGCCAAUCCACCCCUGGUGGACCACAAGUUCCGCGGGGGGAGUGACUACAGUCACCAGGGUCUAUAUAUUGAGAUGUUUUGUUCGUUGGCUUUACGUGAAUGAGAAAAGAAGAAGAAGUCAUCAUAUUGAGGAUUAUUCCCCCUACACGCUAUUAUCAUGGAUUCGUGCUUCCGUGCACUUUGCAUGACUUUUGUCCUGGCGUCUUUCAGCCGGAGGUCAGGUGCGCUCGGUCCGGUGAUCAGGUGCGAGCCUUGCGAUGAUGGAGCGCGCCUGUCGUGCAAACCUCUGCCCAAGGACUGCGCGGAGAAGGUCCGCGAGCCGGGCUGCGGCUGCUGCCUGACUUGCGCGCUCAGCUUCGGCCAGCCGUGCGGCGUGUACACCGGCAGAUGUGGCUCCGGGCUCUCAUGCCAGCAUCAGCCCGGGGAGACGAGACCUCUGCAGGCUUUGCUGGAGGGGCGAGGGAUUUGUGCAAAUGCCACAACAACGACGACGAUAAGUAAAAGAAUCACUCAGAGACCAUCAGCUCCUGUCAAUGAACUCCCAGAGAUGAUUGAGACUCAGGAUGAGGAGCAUAACUCCACUGGCCUCCAGAAGACCCACCGCAGCAUCCACAGGCCUGUGGGACCCGUGAGACCUCCGCUUCACCCCUUCAUCCCUUCUGCCAAGGCUGAAAUCCUCCGGCGGGAGCAGCAGAAGAGAACAAGAAGCUUUAAAAUGGAGGUUCCAGGACCAGUCAUGACAGACCAACAGAACUUCUCCCUGGAGAUCAAACCGGAGCCUGAGUAUGGUCCCUGUCGACGAGAGAUCGAGACCAUUCUCAGCAGCCUCAAGAUUACAGAAACUCUCAAUCCCCGAGGUUUCCGCAUACCAAACUGCGACAAGAAAGGCUUCUAUAAGAAAAAACAGUGCCGGCCAUCCAAGGGCAGAAAGCGAGGCUUCUGUUGGUGUGUGGACAAAUACGGGCAGCCUUUGCCAGGUUUCGAUGGGAAGGAACGAGGAGUCGCCCGGUACUACCACUCGGAGAGCCAAUAGGAGCCAGACAGGCGGGGUUGUUUGCCAGCGAGAAAGAUCUGUAAACAACCACAGACACUGAGGAUAUUGGAAGAGAGGUCAAGAUGGUUCAGCCGAUAUAUGGAUGUUUGCUAUUUCUAUCUGCGGAACCUCUUUUUUUUUUGGGAAGAAGAUGAAUUCUUCACAAACUUUUUUGACAAAGACUCACCUGGAGUAAUUUAUCUCCAAAGCUGAGAGCUGAUGAGAUGCACAUUAUUACUAUGAACAUUCAUUCUUUCAGUGUUAGGCAUUACUUUGUUUUUCCUUUCCAGGUUUGCUUCCUGCAGUGCAUGCUCCUCAGGGGAGUGGACCUGUGCAGCUCAAACAUGAAAUACAUCAUCAUCGGUCAGCAGGGCCAUUUCUUGUGAAACAAUAUUUAAGUCGGAGGUCCCCAAACUGUGGCUCAGGACCUAAAAUGGCUUGCAAGUCAAAUUUUCUGGGUCACCAUUGAAGAAAAAGGCCAUUUUAGUCUUCAACAGCUAUGGGAUUCAUGUUUGUAGUGAUUGAAUGUCUCAAGUGUACUCUAUUAUUAGUUUAUGUACAGCGUAUGUCGAUGUUUUGGCAAAUUCUUAGUGUUUUAAGCUGAAAAAGUCUGGGAAGCCCUGCUUUGUCAAUAAGUACUUUGCAUGUACAGUACAGGCCAAAAGUUUGGACACACACAACACAACCCCACAGUCCCAACCCCAUUAAAUUCCACCAAGUAACCCUGACAAGGCACACCUGUGGAAGUGAAAACCAUUUCAGGUGACUACCUCAUGAAGCUCAUUGAGAGAACACCGAGGGUUUGCAGCGCUAUCACAAAAGCUACUUUGAGUUACUUUGAGGAAUCUAAAAUAUAAGACAUAUGUGGAGUUAUUUCACACUUUUUUGUUAAGUACAUAAUUCCACGUGUGUUCAUUCAUAGUUUUGAUGCCUUCAGUGAGAAUGUAGCCAUGAAAAUAAAAAAAAGGCAUCGAAUGAGAAGGUGUGUGCAAACUUUUGGCCUGUACUGUACUGUACAGCACAAAGCAAGCCUCAAAAGUCUAUUUUUACUUAAUAAAGGCACUAUAAAAUAAUGAAACAAUACUGUUAUUCUUAAGUGUGUCCGUCGUGGUUUCCCAAACUGUGGAUGCCAAAUGGGCCAUGGGUCUACUUUUUUGGGGUCACCAUCAAAGAAAAAUGCUAUCUUGGGGAUCAAAUUCCAGGUUUAAAAAAGCUUUGCGUUUUAUGAUCAUAGUAAUUUAACGUUGCAGGUUUGAAUUUAUGAACAGUAUAUGUUGAUGUUUUGGAAUAGUUUGGAUUUUUUGACAUGAAGUUGAAUGUCGUUUCCAUCAACAGUUUAGUCCAUCAGCAGUGACUUACUCCCACUUGAUCCCGUGAGCCCAGUUCUGGUCGGAUUUCAGUGAUGAGAAACGUAGUUCCAGUUAGUUAUUGGGGUUUUUUAGUAAAGACUUUGGCUUCUCAAACAAUGGGGUGUGAAUAAAGAUGGCUGCGACCCUCAUAUCUUCAUCCGCUGUGGAACAAGAGGGCUGCGACGCUCGCUGUGGAUGCAUCUUCACCACAUAGACGACAAGGGACAGCCGAUAGUGCCCAUCAGCGAUUUGCGAGGUCUGAUUUUUUCAAGGAGGCAUUUUUGUCAUGCAAAUGUUUUUACUCUUUCAAAAGCAUAUUGUUUUGAGAAGCCAAACUCUUUACUUAAGUAGCCCCAGGAACUAACCGGAACCAUGUUCCUUCUCACCGAAAUCUGACCAGAACUCCGCUCAUGGGUCAAAGUGGGGAGUAAGUCGUUGUUGAUGCACUACACUGCUGAUGGGGAUGUCAUACAACUUCAUGUCAACAAAUCAGAACUAUCCCUUUAAGGUCUUAACGGUGCUAUCCCUAUUUGACUCUAACAUACAUUUUUUUCACACAAAAAAUAUAAGAUAAAUUGGACAAAAAAUGUCUACAUUCUUUACAAUUACGAGUUAAACUGAAGGAGAUUUGGGGAGUGGCAUUCAUGGCUGUCAAUCGCUCACAGCUCGUGCACAGGCACAUGCCUGUAAGUGUGCAUGCACAUACACGUCCACGCAGUCUCAG